GGCUUAUUGGUCGUCAGUUUCAAUCAAGGAACCGGAAUAAAGAUACCAACAUCUGGAACGAUAAAACUUAUCUAAAGAUGUCUUUAGUGGAGGGCAACGUUCUUUUGGCAUGUAUUUUCGCUGCUGUCGCUACCAUUGCUGCUACAAUUCUGAUUUUUUUCAAGAAAGUAAAAUCAGAUGAAGGUGAAGCAAGACGGCCGCGCCCAGUACCUGUCCGUCAGCGAGAUGACGCUCCAGCCGGAGCUGGGAGAAGACGAGGAAACAUCAGAGAUCGGAUGCAGCAGGCAAGAAGGGAAGAAGAGGAAAGUGAUGACAAUAUGGAGGAAUGGAUGAGAGAGGAUGAUGAUGAGGAGGAGGAUGGAGAACACAGAGACUCUACUGGGAAGAAGAUUGGUGCCAAGAAAGCAAAGAAACUUGAGAUGAAAGCUGAGAGACAAAGGGAGAGAGAAAUAAUGCUUCAAGAUCGAGAGGAAGAAAAGGAACGUAGAGAAGCUCGGGAGGAGCAAAGAAGGAAAGUAACAGAGAAAGAGAAGGAAGAAGAAGAAAAGCGGGAAGAAGAAGAGAGACUCAAGAAAGAGGAGCAGGAGAAGAGGGAUCAUGAAGAAUAUUUAAAAAUGAAAGAAGCUUUUGUGAUAGAGGAAGAAGGGCAGACUCAGGUCCUAUCAGAAAAUGAAUCACAGUCUUUGCUAACUGAAUUCAUCAACUACAUCAAGGACAUGAAGGUUGUUUUAUUGGAAGAUCUCGGAGCCCAGUUCAACAUCAGAACUCAGGAGGCUAUCAAUCGAGUGCACGAGCUCCAAGCAGAGGGUCGUCUAACAGGAGUCAUUGACGACAGAGGAAAAUUCAUUUACAUCUCGGAAGAGGAACUGGAAGCGGUCGCUAAGUUCAUCCGGCAACGGGGAAGGGUAUCCAUAGCAGAGUUGGCUGAAGCUAGCAAUCAAUUAGUGUCACUGAAUCCAGAAAAUAUAGAGGUUUAUCAGAGCAAGCUACUUAGUCAAGCUGUAUAAUAGCCAUCAAUAUUCUUUCUUCUUAUAUCCACUUGGUAUUUAUUGCAUCUAUUUGUAAUAUUACCGUUUCCCUUUAGGCCUGGAGAAAGCCUAAUAAAUCAUUUGUUACCGUUCAUUUAAAUCUUUAAUAGAGAUGGAUUUAGAGUAUAAAUUUCAGAUGAAUUUCUGAUGUCCUUUAAAGUCAGCGUCACAAUCUUUAAAGGUUUUUUCAAGCAAUGGUAUGAAUAGCUCAUAUUUUUAGCCAUGAUAUGUCUCUCUUAUUCCUUUUUUACCCUUUCUUUAGCUACUCAUUUCCUUUCAAAUGUCACAGUGCGGAAUUGAUAAUCUAUUAUUAUCACAUGUUUGUUUUUUGCUGAAAGACUUCUAAAUGCCACCAUGUUUCAUGUUACUUUCCACCAACUCCCACUAGCUUCAUAAGAGUCAACACUGGGUAUGUGACCUGCUUCUUGUCAGAAACAUUCAGGUGUGUUCCCACUGGAGGCAACCACCUUCCCUGCAUUAACUAUUAACAGCUUUGCUUGACGAAUGGGAACAAACAGGACUACUGCAGUUGAUUUCUAUUACAUGUUUAGUAUAUUUCAAACAAUAAUGCAGUCCAUGGUUUUGCUCCGUGACGAUUAAUGAGUUUCAAAGAAUCUCUCCGUUUGUAAAUGAUUGGCAGUUUUAUGCCAGCGUUCACAUGCGAAGGGGCAAAUGAAUGAAGAGGAUAACAAAAUAAAAUAUAAGAAAUA